GAGCCAGCAGCGAGAGUCUUUCUCUACGAACCCGCUCGGGUUUUAGUCUGCUUACACUGUAAAGCGGCUAUCCGACCGGGCGAGAAGGUCACUGUGCACUUUCGGCGGAAGCACAAGUCGAAAGAGGACGAGCUACAGCGGAUUAUCCAGCUCGCGGCAGCUGCUGCAACGACAGUUGCUAGUACCGGUGGGCUUGUAGACCCAUACAUGGCAGAUCUUCCGGCAGAUGACAACACUCCUAUCCAGCAGCUUGCGGUCCAGGAGGGG